AUGUCCACAAAUCCUACACCAAAUGAUGAAUGGGCAAAAAAUAGAAAAUAUGGAGUAAUUAUUGAUGCUGGCUCAUCUGGAUCAAGAGUGUAUGUUUAUUCUUGGAAAGAUCAUGAAUUUGCAAAGGAAUUAUAUACAGUUGAAGAAUUAAAAGGAAAAAUACCUAUAGUUGAAAGAGCAGAUAAAGAUGGUUUAAAAUGGACGAGCAGAGAAGAGCCAGGUAUUUCAACUUAUGGGACAAAGCCAGAUAAAGUUGGAGAACAUUUAGAUAUGUUACUUGACUUUUCGAAAGAAGUUGUUCCUAUUGACAGCCAUUCAUCAACACCUAUUUUCCUUAUGGCAACUGCAGGCAUGCGACUUUUACCAGAGGAACAACAAAGGGCUUUGUUGGAUUCAACUUGUAAUUAUAUACGAGAAAAGACGGGAUUUUUUAUGAGUGAUUGUGAUAGUCACAUAAAGAUCAUCUCUGGAGAGUUGGAAGGCGUUUAUGGUUGGGUAGCUGUCAAUUAUCUAAUGGGAGGAUUUGAUAAUAGCAUUAAAGCUUAUGUGGAGGAGAAAAAGGGUGAAAAGGAAGAGAAGAUAGAGCAACAUCAUACAUUUGGGUUUUUAGAUAUGGGGGGUGCCUCAGCUCAAAUUGCUUUUGAACCUGAACAUCAUCAAAAGGAGGAGCAUAUGCAUGACUUGACAAGAAUUACACUUCAUACGUUAGAUGGAAGAACGGUAGAUUAUGAUGUAUUCGUUACAACUUUCUUGGGAUAUGGGAGUAAUGAAGCCAGAAGGCGUUACCUUGAAGAUCGCGUCAAAAAGUUAUUUACUAUCUCAAAUGGGAAAAAGCUAUUAGAUGAGAAUCAUAUGCUACCCAUGGAUGAUCCUUGUCUUCCUCUUAAUCUAAACAUCACCGAUACCUUUUCUACAAGUGUCGCCCUUGCUCUACAUGGAACAGGCGAUUUUAAUCAAUGUAUAGAGAACACGAUAUCACUCUUAAACAAGGACGCUGAUUGUCCAUCCAAGCCUUGUCUUUUCAAUGGUGUUCAUACGCCUGAUAUAGAUUGGUCUGUUAACAAAUUUGUAGGCAUCUCAGAAUAUUGGUACUCGUCACAUGAUAUUCUCAACUUGGGGGGUGUCUAUGAUUUUACAGAAUAUGAAAAAAAGGCAUCCGAUUAUUGCGCAAGAGAUUGGUCUCUGAUAACUGAAAAAAAGGAUUUAAGCAUUGCAGAAUUGAAUCGAUAUCAAAUGCAAUGCUUUAAAUCAGCUUGGAUUGUUAAUAUACUACAUGAGGGCAUUGGAAUUCCAAGGAUUAAAAAUCCAAGUGGCCAUUUCAAUUUGACUGAAGACCAGGAGAUUUUAGAGCAAACAAUUGAGAGUGUAGAAGCCAAGAAUUGGAAUCCACCUUUCCAAAGCAUUGAUACCAUUAAUGAUAUUCAAGUUUCCUGGACACUUGGUGCCAUGCUUUUACAUGUAGCUAGCAAAAUUCCUUUAAUAGAUCAUCAUGAUGGUUUCCUUGGCCAUAGUACAGAUAAUGAAGGCCCUCAUGAAAUUGCAGAUGGUGUGCUACAGAACCCGAAUCCUCCUGGCUUACAUAAUGAAGAUAUCAAUAGUAAUCACAGCAUUGAAAGUAAAUCAAACUCUAUAAUCCUGAAUAUCAUGCUACUUUCUUUUAUAUGUAUUUUGAUCAUGUGGAUUCUACUUAAAAACAUUCGAAAGAAACGAGGCUAUAAUAGAUCUAUGACCGGUGCGAACGGUGGUAUUCUUGGUAACGAAACGAUCAUCAAUAGUGGAAAUUCACCUUGGAGAUUCUUGAGUCCUAUCAUGUAUUUCACUUUGAUAGCAAACUCAAUCUCUAACUCUACUAUGAUCAUCCGACAUUGGCUCUCUCGUCUAUUGAGAGGUAAUUAUAAUAGUAAUCAAUAUCAGUAUACGGCAGUUAGUGGUAACAAUAAUGAUAUACCUGUUGACAUGGAUGCCUUUGAAAGUGGAAAUAAUAACAAUCAUACAAUGAAUACAGCAAGCGAAAAUGUCGUAAUUAAUAUAGGAAAUGAUCGUUUACUGGGAGUAUCUAAUAAGACACCAAGUGUUAUUUCAAAGCAAUAUUGGAGCAAAAAACGAUAUAGUGGUGAUAGUCAUAACGGUAUCUUCCAAACGGCUGAUGUAAUGGAAGGUUCUAGUGUAUUACCAUUUAGAGCAUCUUCUGUGGUAGGACUUGCAAACCGUAAUGGAAGUAUAUCGAAUUUAACAGCCCGUACAGGAAGUUCACCCAAUUUGAAUGGUCCUACAAAUAACAACUUAUCUACUGCUGUUGAUCGCUCUUCAUCACCUCUAGCAACAGAACUGAACUUAACACGUUCAAGAUCUCGUGUUGGUUUUAUAAUUCAUGAGCAAUCUGAUGAAGAAGAAUAUACUUUAGUUGAUGGACCAUUAUUAUCUGAUGAUAACCCAGCUGCAGCAUGGCUUCAAAAUGCGAAUAGUCGAUUAGCAAGUCCACGAAAUAGUCCCAGGGGAAGUCUAGAUGAACGAAGAAAGAAAAAAGAAGAAAUCAACUAA